AUGGCCAAACAGUAUCCACAGUUGUGUCUUGCGGUAAUGAUCUUCUCGGCAAUUCUGGCUUCAAAGGCUUGGGCAUUCACCAAUCCACUCGACGUCACUGCUCUUCAAGACUUGUACAGGUCCCUGAACUACCCACCAGAGCUGAAGGGAUGGAGAGUGGAUGGUGGGGAUCCUUGCGAGGAAUCAUGGACAGGAGUGUCAUGUUUUCAGUCAUCUGUUAUUUACCUUAAAAUUCAAGAACUUAACCUCACUGGGUAUCUUGGAGGCCAGCUCAAUAAUCUGCAUUACUUGAAGCACCUGGAUGUUAGCUCCAAUUACAUUCUGGGUGAAAUUCCAUAUAGCUUACCCCCCAAUGCCACUCAUAUAAAUCUGGCAAACAAUUAUCUGCACCAAAGUAUUCCCCACUCUUUGCCGACCAUGAAAUAUCUCCGACAUAUAAAUCUAAGCCACAAUUUGUUAUCUGGACCAAUUGGCGAUGUGUUUACUGGCUUACAGAAUCUCAGAGUGUUGGAUCUGUCAUACAAUAAUUUUACUGGUGAUCUUCCAAGUUCAUUUGGAUCUUUGACAAAUCUUACUGGACUGUUCUUGCAGAAUAACAACUUCACUGGAUCGGUCACCUACCUGGCUGAGCUUCCACUAACUGACCUGAACAUCCAAGAUAAUUGUUUUAGUGGCAUUAUCCCAAAGCAUUUUCAAUCAAUACCAAAUUUAUGGAUUUGGGGGAACAGGUUCCAUGUACUGGACAUCACUCCACCCUGGGAUUUCCCCUUGGAAACUGUGCCCAUUGACCAAAAUAUUGGUGCCCCUCCUACAACUCAGUCAAGUGCCGUUGAGAACUAUCCCUCUCACAAAGAAAGCGGACACAAGAAGAAAAUGCUGACUCCUGGAGGAAUAGCUUUUCUGGUUGGUGGAGUAACUAUGGUGGCAACAUGUGCGGCACUUUUCAUUGUGAUCCGCAUUAACCGAUCCCGUGCACAGAAUCUUAAGCAGUCGGGAAGUGGCAAUAGCUCGCCGCACUCUCUUCCUGUCAAAACGCCACAGAGGUUGUCUUUGAGCUCUCAACACGUUCAUCGUCCAAGGCGGAUACCUCCUGUUUACCAUGCCAGGAUCGAGAAAAAGUCCAGAAGAAGAAGUUUCUCUAAGAGAUGCAGACUCCCAGCAAGAACAAAACUUUAUACUGUGGCAGAGCUUCAAUCAGCUACAAACAGCUUCAGCGAAGAGAAUCUUCUCGGAGAGGGAUCUCUUGGUUCUGUUUACAAAGCUGAAUUUCCAGAUGGCCAAGUUUUGGCUGUGAAAAACAUCAACCUGAUUGCCCUUUCUUUGACUGAAGAAGAACAAUUCAUGGAUGUUAUUUGGACUGCUUCCCGUUUGAGGCACCCAAACAUUGUCACACUUCUUGGCUAUUGUAUAGAGCAUGGGCAGCAUCUUCUUGUGUACGAGCAUGUCAGAAACUUGUCUCUUGACGAUGCUCUGCACAAUGAAGCAUACAAGUCUCUAUCAUGGGGCCUCCGUCUCCGGAUUGCCCUUGGUGUUGCUCGGGCUUUGGACUAUUUGCACUCCAAAUUCUCGCCUCCUAUUGCUCAUAGCAACUUGAAGGCUGCCAACGUCUUACUUGAUGAAGAACUCGUGCCUCGUCUCUGUGACUGUGGGCUAGCUGUUUUGAGACCACUAACAAGUAAUAGAGCUUCUGAAAUUGCCAUUUGUGACACUGGCUACAUUGCACAUGAACAUGACCAACCAGGAUUUGAUAACACAAAGAGUGACAUCUAUACCUUUGGUGUGCUGCUUUUGGAGUUAUUGACAGGAAGGAAACCAUUUGAUAAUUCAAGACCGAGGGAAGAGCAAUCUCUGGUGAAUUGGGCUUCAUGUCGGCUUCAUGACAGUGAGAGUUUGGAAGAGAUGGUUGAUCCAGGCAUCAAACGAACAAUAUCCUCCAAGGCUCUCUCCCGUUUUGCUGAUAUUCUCUCCCUCUGCAUACAGCCUGUGAAGGAAUUCCGACCUCCAAUGUCCGAGGUUGUGGAGUCACUUAACUCUCUGUUAGAAAAGCUCAGCAUGGCAAAAGGUGGCACAGUAGAUGGUAAUGAAGAGGAGGAAAAGUCUUUCCGUUCAACCUACACCCGCUUCAUAGGCUCACCUGAAUUGACCUAUUCAUCCCCUGGCCUUGACCACUGAUACCAGUUCAAAGACUGAAUUUACGUGACGAA